CGGCAAGCGAGUGCGCCCACCCCUUACCUUUCUUGAUCGGACCCCAUGAGGCGCUUCGAGAUCAAAGCGCGGAAGUCAAGGAGGAGCGUGUUCGAGCGAGUGCGCUAAGGGGCCGCACCUUGCAGCACGCCUUUUGAAGACCUCAUGGUCACACUCAGAAUGAUGAGAAUGUGCAGAUCCUCUCGCUCACUGAAAAGUACAACACGGCACCACCACCUUCCCCUACACACUACUCCGGAUACCCAGACAACUCCCCGCCACCUGUCCCUCCUUUUGCCCCUCUCCGCUCCUUUCUCACUCCCUUGCUCUGUCAUCGCAUCUCACCUCCCGUCUAGCCAUGAGGUUGAAGACCGUGUCCAGUGUGACCUUCGCGCUGACCUGCCUCUUUGGCGCAUCGAGCGCUCUGCCCGCGGACCCGACCCUUGACGUUCGAGCUGCGCCCCAAGCUGGCCUUCCACAAGAUGUUCCAGACACAAAGACGGCAUUCGACGAGGUGUCCGAUCCCAUCCCCUUCGACAAGCAGAAGCUUUUCUCCACUGAGCCGCCUCGACCGAUCGGUCAAGCACUAAGACAACGUCUGACGUUCGGUGCCAAUUUGGCCGCUACCGUCUACUGCGCCCGCGUCCAAAACCAGCGAGAGUUCAACUGCGGAGCGCCUUGCGAGCAGAGCGACCCAGAUGGGCAGGUCUUGUUCGUACAGGGCGAUGGUUACAGCGAUCCGCACCAGAGCGUGAAUUGGCUACCUAACGAGAAGGCCGUCUCGGUAGUCGUGCAGGGUGCCAACCUGGAGGAUCUCCGUGGAAUCUUCAAUGUGCUGGCAUUCGUCCCGCUGCCUCCCGCAAACCCCAUCAGAAACACGCUGUACACGUUCGGAAGCAACGCAACGAAUCCGAUCGCCUCGAUCAUCUCGAUCUUGCAGAACGACAUUUCGACGGUGCACGGCGGAUUCCUGGCCACCUGGGCGCGUUCUUACGACAAGACCUUAGCAGCGACCAAGACUGCGCUGGGAGCCCACCCCGAGGCGAUCAAGAUCAUCAUCGCCGGCCACUCGUUGGGAAGCGCAAUCGGGCUCUUGACCCUGCUCGCCUUUUUAAGCGACAUCGGUACCGAUCUGCCCUACGAGUAUCUUGGCUACGGCUCUCCACGUGUCUUCAGUCCUCUGGGAGCCGACUUGGUCGACAAUGUCGUGUCCAACCCAUCGGCUGGAACCACUUAUCACCACGUUCACCACAACAAUGAUCCUGUGCCCCACUUGGGACCGAUUGCGCUGAACUUCCUUCACGCUCAAAACGAAGUCUUCCUCCCCGACACGGACAGUCCCACCGCGCUGUUCUGCCCAGGCGUGGAGAAUAUCAAUUGCAGCCUUGGCCGUACCAACUUCACCGUCAAUGACCACGCCGGUCCAUAUUUCGGUCGAAUUAUCGGCAGGGACGGCGUGGACUGCGCUGGAGGUGGUGGCGUCUAAAUCGCCUGUCAAUAGUUCCCAUGUACUCCGCAAUCUCCCUCGACCCUCCCCACGCGAAACGCAGAUCUCUUGCAUGGCACACUGAGACUUUGCCAUCCUUGCACUUUCAUGAUGAGAUGAAAUUUCGUGUUAUCGGUGAUUCGUCGGCCAUCUCACGCAAUUGCCGGUCGGGCUUGAGUGUCUGCCCACAGUGCACCGAACCUGGCCAAAAGAAUCGUUGUCGA